AUGCAGAUUCGACCUCCGCGCCGCUCCAGCAGCAUGAGUCGUGAAUUACCGAGGGUCGGCCUGGAUCCAGGCAACAUGAAUCAAUAUCGUGUACUUCCGCCAGGAGACUAUUCGACCAUUUCCCGUUGUAACCCCAGCAGCGGCGGCGGCGGUGGUGGUGGUGGUGUCCACCGGGUAUCGAGCCAACCCUUCGCUGGGGAUGCUGCAGCACCACACGCCUCGCCGGCAUCUCCAGCUUGCCGUAUUGCAACCGUUGGUCCUGCGCAGGCCUCUCAGAUUGCCGCUGAGGCAGCUAAACGCCGCACCACUGGAGACCCUGGUAAUCUCAUCGACGUUCGUAUUGCAUAAAAACCUUCUACUAAAAUGGUGCUAGUAGGUAUGAUGUAUGUUAAAUUCUGAAUUCUUACAUUUGGCAGGACGUUCGAGUGUCAAGGUGCUGCCCAACGAGCCACCCACAACUGUCGUGUCCCGUCUUCCACAACGUGCCCCAAACGCCCAACUUGUGCGACCCUCCAUGCUUGCCAACAAGUCGCAGAGGAUGCACAGCAAUCAGCACCAUCAGCAACAGCCCAACUUCGCUUAUGGCUCCGGUCACACCGUCCCGCCUCCCCAGGCCUUUUGGGGCGGUAGGCGGACGAACGUGGCGGAUGAGAUAGAAAGCACCAGUAUGGUUUAUUUCAUUUGACUCUAUCCUUAGAAAAGUCCUUAUAUGCACUGGUUUCUACUGCUGUUUAUGACGAUCCUUUGUGCGCCCUGCUCUUGCGAUUGGAGCCGCACCGUUUCUACAAAUUUACUUUUUCGUGUUUCAACGGACGUUUUGUUGGCUGCUAGUCAGUCUGAGCAUUGAUCGGGUGAAGACUCCCAAAAACACACGACGAGCCAAGGGUACCUGUUUUACGGGAGAGGUGGUAAUGGGGGUUUUGCGAGCGGGGCCUUUGUAUGCAUAGAUUAAUGACAAAAUAAGUAUAGAUCAUUGGUAAAUUUGUUUUUUUGGCCGGAAAAAUUUUAAUACAUGGACAUAUAGCAACCGUAGUUAGGCAGGACAAUUGAAAAAAUAAACAUUACGUGUCUACAACGAUCGCUUCUCAACUCUCUGAGCUGGGGUCAUUGUAGAUAAUCCACCAGACUGUCUAUAACCAGGCCGUCUACAACAGACUACCCAACCUUGUACGAUGAAACACCAAACCGAAAUAAUCGCGUCGGACUAAAAUCCACUUAAAUAAGUAUAGAAGGCACUCUUUGUAUGCCUCAGAUGCUAGGGGCCUUCACUCGAUCCAUACUGCUUUAUGUGGUAUAGCGGAGUCUAGGAAUACCAUUUUUUCCACUACGGCGGUUCUAAUCAUAUACUUACAUGUUACUGAAGUAGUCAUUUUUACAGAGUAUAGUUCUUGCAUGCAGCCGGAAGGAAGUUCUUUCGAAAGCCGGCAUCUUGAGGUAACUUACUUACCAUAGAGUGAUAAUGCAGAUUGAUUAGUUUUACAAACCUACUUGAUUAAUCUUUUCGAAUCGAAAACGCAUUUCGGAGUUUCAGUUGACAUUUCAUGAGUUAGCCCACCUAAUGUACGUAGGCUCGCCUGAACACGGCAACCCCUCGUCCAAGAAACCGGACGGCUAAAAUCGUGGAGGGCCACUGAACAAUAUCCGGCGGACUGCGCGGCUAAUAGCCUCUCAUUGUUCUUAACGAUUGUUUCAUGUCUUCAUGCAUCAGUGAUCCGAUAGACAUAUCCCUGUCCCCGGCUGCCACUAGCCUUUUUGAAUACCUACGCUGUCCUUCACAGGACGGUAUUGACUAAGUUCUACGUCUCAGCAUACUUUAGGUCUAAGGACUGUUUUUGUGUUCAUGUAAGAAGGCUUCGAGCUAAUUCCUCCUUCAAACUUACAGGUUUCAUCGACUCCUCGUGCGGCGGAUCGUAG